UUGGAUUGAUCUUGGUAAACUGUUCUCCUGCCCAACGUAGGAAUGACGGAGUUAAACAAGAUAAAGUGGGCGAUACUAUUCAAAAAAAUGUCGAAAUCAACAAAAAUGCCAAAGUUAAACUUUGUGAGGGAGACAUAGUUUGUGAUGAAGAUGAUUCUCAAUUAUCUAAACGUGGAGCCGCACUUAAAAUCCACCUUUGGGAAACAAAAGUAAUUCCCUACGAGUUAUUUGGAGAAUGUCCGAGAGAUGUGGCGUCACGUAUUGAAGAUGCCAUGCAUGAGAUUGAGAAUGGCACUUGUAUUAAAUUCGUAAAAAGGACUACAGAAACGUUCUGGAUCUAUUUUACUACAGCAUCCAGUGGCUGUUGGUCCUAUCUUGGUCGGCAAAAGCCUAAACAGAAACUUAAUUUGGCUACAGGUUGCCUUCGUCAUGCAAUAAUAGUCCACGAAAUUCUUCAUGCUGUUGGUUUUCACCACGAGCAGACUAGGCCUGACCGAGACCAAUACGUUAAAAUCAUUUGGAAGAAUAUCAAAGCAGAAAAACAACAUAAUUUCGAUAAACAGACAGAUGAGAUAAUUGAUAUGUUACGCAAGCCGUACGAUUAUGGGAGUGUUAUGCAUUACGGUGGGCUAUACUUUUCGAAAAAUGGAGAGCAAACCAUAAUUCCACGUCAUCAAAGCGGAGAUGCAUUGAUUGGACAGAGAGAACGUAUAAGCAUGACCGAUUUUUAUGAGAUCAAUGCUAUUUAUGAUUGUUCAGGACCAUCCCAUGGUUGGAAUGCAUGGAGUGGAUUUGGACCUUGUGAUUUUAGUUGCAUCAAACAACGUGAACGGUACUGUGCUGAAUCUGAUAGAGAUAAUUGUCCUAACGCAAAUAAACAUGGGGUAGAAAUGGAUGAGCAGAAAUGUUCCAUAAAUGAAUGCUAUGGAAUAGGAACCUUUAAAACAUAUCCUGAAAGGUCGUUGUUACUUACCAUGGACAAGGCCUACGCUAGACUGAACCGCCUCACUUUUUGCCUUUGGAUGAAAGUAUCAGAUCAAAACCAAAAACACACGAAACGGAUGAUAAAAAUUGAAGAUAUAGCAAUUGGUUUGAAAAAUCUCAAAUCGAUAGUCUAUUGGAUUGGAAAUAAAAUGUGGGAUACAAAAGUUUCUAUCAAACUUAAUAAUUGGCACCACAUCUGCUUAACAUGGGAAAACUCUGAGGGCCAUACUGCACUAUACCUAGACGGAACUUUACGCGCACUAGGGAACAUGAAGAAAAGUCACGUGAUUAAAUGGCGAGGUUGGGAAAUUGAACUCAUAUCUUUUGCUGGUGAGGUGUCGAGCAUGAACGUGUGGAACAGAACACUGCAGAAGUUUGAGCUACUUCAUAUGGCAACAAAAUGCAAACGAAUUUUAUCCGGGAUUGUCCUGUCGUGGAAUGACAUCUUAUCAGAAUAUAAGAAAUAUCCAAGCUAUUGGUUCCGUUGGCCCCCUCAAGAAUCAAUCAUCCAAUCAAUAGCAUGCCCGUCGCCCUCGGUUAAUUUUACAGAAAUAAUUAACAAGAUAAACUGGUAUGGUUCCACAUUCUUGAUAACUCCGGAGAAAAAUAAACCACCUGCAGCUUAUAUGACCAGCUUCACGUUGUGCCUUUGGAUAAGUGCAUCGGAUGAAAUUCCACGGUUAAGUCAGAUCAUAAUCAUAGAAUAUGUCUCAGAUCAUGCAGAUAAAAUAGCAAUUGGUUUGAAAAAUCGCAAAUCGAUACUCUAUUGGAUUGGAGAUGAACGGUGGGAUACAGGAGUUUCUAUCAAUCUCAAUAAUUGGCACCACAUCUGCGUUACAUGGAACAGUUCCGAGGGCCAUACUGCACUAUACCUAGACGGAACUCAACACGCAAGAGUGAACAUGAAGAAAAGUCACGUGUCCUUAAAAAAAAGUUUUCGGAUUAAAAUACCCGAAUAUUAUGUUGGUCAGAUAUCGGACAUUAACCUGUGGAAAAGAGUACUGCCGUCGAGUGAGAUCGUUCAAAUAGAACAUAUUUGCAAACUAAUUAUAUCCGGGAGUGUCCUGAGGUGGGCUGAGCUCCUAGAUAGACUUCAAGGAGACCAAUAUCGGGAGUUUGCCAAAUGUCCGUCAUGGUUGAAAACAGCAACCAAUAACAUCCAAUUUCCUCGUGAAUCAACCACCGACUAUAUCUUGGUUAAGAGGAAAUUACCAAGCAUGACAAGUCUCACUGUGUGCCUUUGGAUGAUUGCACCAGUUUACAAUCAAAUUGACCACAGAACCAUGAUAAGCUAUGCUGUACCAGGAACAGAUAAUGAGAUUCUUUUGGAUAAUCCAGAAUCGCUGCUCUUUUGGAUUGGAAGUUCGCAAUGGGAAACAAAAGUGUCCACCAAUGACGGUAAUUGGCACCAUAUCUGCGCAACAUGGGACAAUUCCUAUGGCCAAACUGAACUUUAUCAGGAUGGGGUUCGACGGGCACGAGGGAUGUACCUGAAAAAAGGUUAUGAGACCAAAGCCUCGGGGUCACUCAUCAUCGGACAAGAACAGGACCGUGUAGGUGGUGGGUUUGUCGAAUCCCAGUCUUAUGUUGGUGAAAUGACGGAGAUUAACAUCUGGAAUAGAGUAUUGUGGGAAAUUGAGAUCGCUGAAAUGUCGAAAACAUGCACAAGUGAUGCACCCGGGAAAGUCCUCACCUGGGAUGACGUCAAAGCUGGUAUUAGACAUGGUGAAGUAGCGAUCGUUCCUUCAUUAUGCAAACCAUGAAAUAUGUUAACGACCAGUACAAGCAAACGAAUUGUUUGAUUAUUUUACGUAGUUAUAAUUACGUAUUUACGUCGGGUUCAUUAGACUAACGGUGACUGUAGUGUUUGAAUGAUCUCAUUUUGAUGAUUAAUUAUAAAUUUUUGGUUAACGAAAUAAAGUGGGAAUAAAAUAAAAAA